GUUCUGGAUAUAUCGAUCAACACGUCACGUUAUGGACGCCAGCGUUUAGAAGAUGCACUGUGUUUUAGUCGAAAGAAAAAAAAAGUACAGCAUUUUAUGUGUAUUUCGUGUCGAAUUCGGGUGCCGAGUGUGUUGACGAGUGUGCACGUAAGUGUGUACGAAAACGGCUUAUCCAAAGACUUACGUUUUUUCGAACACGAACUUUUUACAUCGUACAAAAAGAAUACGUUUUGUGGUGCCGAUAUCGUAUUAAUAUGUACAACGAACUUUCUUAGGCCUCUAUAGGACAAACACCACGUGUUGUCGCAUCGGAUACAGAGAAACUCGAACGACGUUCUUCGCCUUUCUACGUUGAUAGGCUAAAACGAUACUUUCUUACGGAAAAAAAAAAAGUGUUCCACCGAAACGAUGAAAAAAUUUCUACCGUUUUAACCGUAUUAUUUAUCCUUAACUUUAACAUGGACACGUAUAUUUCGAAACCUGAUAUUCGUAAACGUUGUUGUUCUUAAGAGUGCGAUCUUACGAACUUUUCUUCUCGUUUAUUCGAUAUAAAAAAAAAAAAAAGAAUUAUUUCCUUCAAAUAUGAUAUUGUACUCGGACAAAUGCAUACUGGAUACCUAUCUAGUAAGCCAUUUUUUAUAUUUGCGUUUCAGAAAAGGUUUAAAGGCGCCAAAACUGCAUUCGUUUCGUACCAGAAAGCCCAGAAAAUCCAGAUAUACAAAGCCUGGAUGACAGGGCUUUACUACAACGUACUUUUUUGACCAUUAGUGAACCAAAAAAAAAAAAAUAUAAAAAAAAAGAAAAAAAAAGUGAAUAAGUGAAAUUAUGGACAAUAAUACGGACGGGGACAACUUGAAUCUAAGCUGCGGAGAGAACGAUAUAGUAGACGAAUUAAAAAUCGCUGCCGAUGAAACGUACGAUACGCGCAGUGAAGUUUCGUCCAGUAGUUCCAAUUCCGAUUCUAGUCAACCCAGUAUAACUUCCGUUUCCACCAAAUCUUCGCGAGGAGAUAAUAAACGUAAUCGCAAAAAUAGAGGGAAACGUGCCAGAUCCAGAGAUUCCAAAUCUUCCAGCCCGGAAACCAAACGUGCCAGAUCCAAGGAAACUAAAGGAAUCGCCAAAAGUUACGAUUACGCUACCAAAUUAAAUUACUUGUUCAGGGAUGCGAGAUUUUUUAUCAUCAAAUCCAACAACGCCGAAAAUGUCACCUUAUCCAAGGCUAAAGGUGUUUGGAGCACGUUACCUCAGAACGAAGCCAAUUUGAAUCAAGCUUACAGAGAAUCCAGAAACGUUUUGCUCGUAUUUUCUGUCAAAGAAUCCGGCAAAUUCGCUGGUUUCGCGCGACUCGGUACAGAGUCCAGAAGAGACGGUGCACCCAUUUCCUGGGUUUUACCACCAGGCUUGUCCGCUAAAGCUUUGGGUGGUGUCUUUAAAGUAGAUUGGAUAUGCAGGAAGGAAUUACCCUUUACCGCAACUUUACAUUUAUACAAUCCCUGGAACGAUGGUAAACAGGUAAAGAUUGGUCGCGAUGGUCAGGAAAUAGAACCCAAAGUUGCCGAGGAAUUGUGUAGACUAUUUCCGGAGGAUGAAGGAAUCGAAAUGACUCCGAUUUUGAGAAAGUCCAAGGAAGCGGCUAAACAUAUUAUCAAAUCUCGUUCUUAUCGAGACAAUAGACCUGUUAAUACCGGUUCUAGAUUCCUACGUUCACGGGGUGCCAGAGGACGUAGACUUUUUUUAACUUCGCGAUCUCGAUUAGCUUCUUUAGCUAGAGGAUCUUACUUACCCGCCAAUGAACAUAGAGGAUCGAGGGAUCAUCAUCAUCAUCACCAUCAUCAUCGAUACGCUACCUGGUUUAAUCGAAGCGACUCUCCUUAUUCCAAGUACGUUUAUUAAGUCCUUCAGAAAUCUCCUAAUCU